CGAUGGCGGGGAUGGCAAAGUUAUGCUCCUGAGCAUAGUUGAACAGCUUUAACACGUCAUCUCCAACGAUGACACCGGUCUUUCGGCUGAGAACGUCUUGGACACCCAUGAUUGCGGUCGGUGGUAGUAUUGGUGGAUUGAAUGUGAAGUCUGUUCGAUGUUGGAAAGUAUCAGCGAUAUGUUGAGGACUGGGAGUUCCCCAAGGCAAUUUAUUGUUGUUGUACCCCGUACGGCACGAUUCGACGCUAAUGGUGGGGGUGGAAUCACCGGCGCUCACAAAGUUGCAGGGAAAAGCAUUUCGAGAGGGUAUUGGAUGAAGCGGAAACUUACCACUCCUGGCUCGGUGAUAUGUGAAGAAGUUUUAUCGUAGGCGGGGGUUGAAGAGCGUCGAAGUGUAAGGCUUGCUUUUAAGAUGGUAUACACCCUCGCUGGCACAAGGCGGGGUUCGUCAUGGCUGCUCCUGAACUCUUCGAUCAGUUUCGCUUCGCGAUCCCGCACAAUACCGAUCCGUGGUCAACAAACAAGGCGAAAAUCGGAAGCGUGUAUUAGGUCAUCCAACCCAACCCCGCUCCCAGUGCCAGACCCAUCAAAGUGAU